AUAUGCAAUAGUAAGUGCCGCUGUGCGGUCACCACUUGGUGGCGACCACCUUGCUGCUCAAGCCAAGAAUAUGCUUAACAAUAUGCACAUACAAAUGCUGCCUAUAUACAGUAUACAGAGUAAAGAAGUAAUAAGGGAACGCGAGAGGGCGCGUUAUACCCUUAAAACACUGCCAGCCGGUCUGACACAAUCAUGGCAACAGUACAUGCUAAAGAGACAGUAUGAAGACUUCUACCACUGUGUCGCUCAAGUAUCGGAAAGUUCAUAUGAUGAACGCACAGCUGCAUCAGUUCCCGGUGUGCACUAUGAGUUCCCAGGCGGAUAUCACCAAGACUUCGGGCCAGAGAGGUUCAAGUUGACAGAGUGCCUGUUUGAACAGAACUUGGGAGCACCUCAUUUAGUGUGCUCUGCGGCGGCGGCGUGCGACGCAGACGCGCGGCCGGCGCUGUGGGGCGCGGUGGUGGCGUGCGGUGGGCUCGCCAAUCUGGGCGGCUGGCUGGAGCGCGUGAGCCGCGAGCUGGCCGCGCGCGCGCCCUCCUCGCACCGCCUCAAGACGCACGCCGCGCCCUCGCCGCCCGAGCGCCGCUUCGCCGCCUGGCUCGGUACGUACAUAGCACAACACUCAGCACAACCCGGGCGGCUGGCUGGAGCGCGUGAGCCGCGAGCUGGCCGCGCGCGCGCCCUCCUCGCACCGCCUCAAAACGCACGCCGCGCCCUCGCCGUCCGAGCGCCGCUCCGCCGCCUGGCUUGGUACGUACGUAGCACAGCACGCAGCACAACCCGGGCGGCUGGCUGGAGCGCGUGA